AUGAUGUCCACACCGUCAUCUUCCACCCGUCUUCCCCCGACCUCCCCGCAGGUCACUGCCUCAGUGGUGAAGUUUCGCUGCCUGUACACUCACGACCUACGCCGCAAAUCCAAACGAUGGCACGAUGGCUACCUACGAUAUCAUAAAUUCAACAAACGUGUUAUGGUAUACGAUGACCAGGGAAAUUUUAUAGGUGAUCACCACUGGCGAUCCUCCGAUGAAGUCCAAGAUGGCGAUGAAAUGGAGCUGGAUAAAGGAGUACUGAUUGAGGUAACCGAGAACAUGGGCACAUCUGAGACGGACAUCACAACCCUGUAUGAAAAGAAGAAAUCUAGCCAGGGUUCGCCGCAGACUAAAGACCCGGUGUCCCAAGUCCCCCGCGCUUCUACCUAUACCUCCACCGCCGCGCCUCUUCGUUCCUCCGCUUCGUCCCAGUCAUUUCGCUCUCUUAACGAUUUACUGGGCAUUAAAAGAACUCCAAUUGGGCAUUUAGUGUCUCCCUACGAGCAAGGGAAUCCUCCACGAUCAGCAGCUUCUAGCAUUCAAGAACCUGAACGCGCACCCAAGCGACAGAAGACGUCCUUGAUAGUGAACCAAAGCGCAGACAAUGGCUCGCGGGCUCAGGGUGAAGUCAUUGAUUUGACGGAUUCAGCCGAUCCAACCGAUUCAAAUCAGGGACUCCCCGCGAAGCCAAGGUCAAAUCAAAUGGUAAAAGAACUACCCAGAGCCGGGGGUGAUUCUACGGCCAAUGUACUCUCGACAGAUUGUGAGCAGAGGUCGACAGUUCAGUCAAAGCAACCUCGGCCACAAAGACUUAACCCUCCUUCAUUCUCAAGGGUCUCAGUUUCAACUGGAUCUGAAUCGGCCUCCGGUCUACUGCCACCAGAUGAGGUGGUUCGUACAACCACUAAGUGUGUCCAACCACCAAGACCCCUCGAUCCCUCAUCGAAAGGUUCUCUGCCCAAUAUACCUGCAGAAGCAGAGAUAUCCGAGCCUCAAGGAAACCUGCGCGUGAGGCAAACGCCAAUCAACCGCGAAAAUCAGUCGAGACCUCUUUCACGUCCUAUCCCACCACAGAGGUCUGACCCGCCGACGGUUUCAAGAGGCUCUCUCCCAAUUGCACCCAAACAGUCGCCUGCUGUUCUAUCUACGCGACAGCCACCAGUACGUGUAGUGAGAAAUUAUGAGAAACAUAUUGAAGCUACGAACGACCAAACUUCCAUCAACGUUCCACCUCCAGCCGACGGUUCAUCUCCGGCCCAUGUCCCACCCCCACUCAAUGUCUUACCCACAGUCAAUGCUCCACCCCCAGUCAAUAUCUCAUCUUCGACGAAGAUGCCACCUCCAUCACGCCCAUCCUCAGCACCACAAUCUGGGGCACCUACGACAGCUCUACGCAUGGGAACCGGAAAGCCACGCAAGAAACUACUGUAUAGUGCUCUAUUACCCAGCGCUUCACGAACUCCAUCGCCCGCGACCUCAGUUACACCAACUCUACCUGGUAGUGUAGCCCGUGAACCCACCACAAAUACCCCGGAGCAACAACUGGCCGCCGGUCCAAGUGAUUCCUCAAACUCGAAUGAAGAGUUUAUGCCCUCAAUUUCUACACAAUUUAUCUUCGACGAGAUGAUAGAUGGAUCAGGAUUCAAAUCGUCCUCCGCGAUCAAAAGGCUGACCGGGAAAAGAUCUCUUGAUUCACCCUUGCGCAAAUCGAUAUCAGACCCAACCGCAUUGACUGGCCGCCAGGCCCGGGUAGGAGGAUCAUUCCAUGCAGCCAACAAGGAAAAUGAGCCCAAGGAGCAAGGCCCCUGGACAUCUGAGGCAUUAGAUUUGUUUGACUUCUGGCCUGCUGGACGAGCAAAACCAAAUGAUUGA